GUUUGCGAUUACUGUGUAUUGUAAUUUGUGAUUCCCCGAUUUCCACAAUGGCUUGGAUCGUGCAUUAGUGACGUUGUACUUUCGGAGGAUUUGUUUCCUGCAGCGACUGUUUGUUGACCCCGAUCGCGGUCGUGGCGUUCGCUUGUACCAACCAGCAAUUUACUGUUUCCUUGAAGAAGGUUCAGUGCUACUUGAAUCUCGUAGUAACACAGCUGUACCUCGCAUUUACCGAAGAACCUUCAGUUGCAAUUAUUCAUUACGCUUGGAAUAGCUGGAGGGGCAGCUAACCACAAUAACAUGAUAGAUUCAACUAUGGAUUCAGAACAGGAAGUACUGACAGUGUUGAAGCUGUUGAUAAUUGGAGAAUCCAAUGUUGGAAAGUCGAGUAUCAUCCUUAGAUUCACGGAAGGUGAGUUCCAUGAGAACAUGCAGAGCACGGUCGGUAUGGACUACAAGACCAAACAGAUGACAGUUGAUGGAAAUACAGUGAAGCUUGCCAUCUGGGACACUGCUGGGCAAGAACGCUUUCGUACUCUAACACCCAGCUACUAUAGGGACGGACAGGGUGCCAUUUUGGUGUACGAUGUGACGGACAAGAUGACCUUCUUCAAGCUGGAGACAUGGUUGACCGAGUUGACCACCUACUGCAACAAGACAGACAUUGUCAAGAUGGUGGUAGGCAACAAGAUAGAUCUGCCGAACCGGGAAGUGAGCACAGAGGAGGGCCUACAGUUUGCCAGAAGACACCAGACGAUGUACAUUGAGAGCAGUGCUAAAACAGAAGAUGGCAUCAAGUGCUCGUUCGAAGAGCUUGUACAGAAGAUAAUACAAACUCCUGGUCUCUGGGAUCGAUGGGACCGAUUGGGUGUCAACGGGUUGCACGCCUCCAUGGGAGGAGCAAGACUCAGAAACCAGAGGGCGAUACAACUAACGGAACAUACUGGAAAUAGCUCUAACAAUUCAGGCUGCUACUGCAGCUUGCUUUAACCGACCGUGAUAUACACAUUCGAUCGGUGAAGAUUACCAAGGAAUGCAUCACGCCCUAACAAAUAUGGUCUAACCUUGACUUCGAAAUUAGAUACCGACGUGUGAGAAUUUAAUGAACAAAUACGAGUAACGCAGCAUGUUAAUUGUUUCGUGUAUGCCGCGGAAAGGAAUGUUUUAUGUACGACGGCUGAUAAAAAGAGUACUAUGCAGUUCUGUUCAUAAGGAUCUACAGUGCAGGUCACACAAUUGGUUGUUAAAGACGGAUGGGUGCGGCUAGAGCAAAUGGGCGGAGCAGAAUACGUGGUGGGGAUACGGUUUCAGAACGCGUGAUUGGCUGGUUAUGGUGGAGGAUAUAGCUUGAGCGGAUGGGCGGGGUGGUGGUACUUUUACAAAUGCAGAAUGCACGAUUCGCCGGAGAAGAUAAUGUGGCUUGGCUUUAAGUGUGGUGGUGACGGAGAUAACGUGUUAAUUUUCUAUACUUAAUCCAACAUUGCUGCCAUUUGUAAAAAAAAACCGCUCGAAGUCUGCUAACGAGAUUUUACUUAGCUUCUCUAUCAGAUUUAUUUCGAUCGUGACUAAGGUAUCAGAUUUGCGUUUUUAAGAAAAUUGGAUGUUACUGAUUGUGUAGGAAUUUAUUCUGGACCAGAAAUUCAUGGUCGCGAGAAGAUGUUCAGCCGAGACGUGUCUGCGCCAAUGUUCCGAUGGGAAUAAUGUUGUUAGUAUUUUUUUUAUCAGAUCGCGUGUGCAUCAAGGAUCAACAUGAGUUUGCUUCUAAUGUGUAACUCUUUGUUAAAUAGUUAAAUUUUAUAUAGCUAUUUGUAAUACUGAAUUUGUAUUCGUGUAAAUAUGUCUUGCAUACAUAGGUAGGUUUAAAUUGAUAGGCAAAUUGGUGAAAAGUCAUUACCAUCGCAUUCGCACACGUUAUCCCACGCGGAUGAUCGAAAACACGUUAAGUCAGUUACUUAUUUAUUCGUUGCCUUACAUACUAGAUAUCUUUUGCACAAACUAUGAAUGCAAUGCAUAUCGUCAUAAUAAGUUCCCGCACGGGAAACGUACUUUCGCGUUGUGUUAGUCUUUUAAUUUUACAUCUGCUUCCUUUUUCCUGAAGAUCGGGCGUAUAAUAAGUGUCCAAUAGAACUAUUGUAAUGUACUUGUAAAUAAAGUACUUUCUGUAUUUCA